AUGGAAGAAGAGGAUGUAACAUUUACCUUUGAACAAUCACUACUUCAAGCAGCAAAAGCUGGUGAUAAUAAUAUUGUUACAAUACUACUGGAGUUAGGAGCCAAUAUUGACUACCAGAAUAAAGGGGGAGGAACAGCACUAAUGUUUGCAAGUAGAACGACCAUUACCAAGUUGUUGAGCUUCUACUUAAAGAAAAUGCUGAUCUUAAUCUUCAAGACCAAGAAGGAUCAUAAUGGUUUGACUGCUUUAAUGUUUGCCAGUCUGGAUGGCCAUUACCAAGUUGUUGAGUUUCUUCUUAAACAAAAUGCAGAUCCUAAUCUUCAAACACAAAAAGGUUCAACUGCAUUGACAUUCGCAAGUGUGAAUGGCCAUUACCAAGUCAUCGAGCUUCUUCUCAAAGAAAAAGCUGAUCCAAAUCUUCAGGACCAAGAAGGUUGGACUGCCUUAAUUUUUGCCAGUCAUAUUGGUGAUCACCAAGUUGUUGAGCUUCUUCUUAAAGAAAAUGCUGAUCCCAAUCUUCAAGCACAAAAUGGUUGGACUGCUUUAAUGUUUGCCAGUCAGAAUGGCCAUUAUCGAGUUGUUGAGCUUCUUCUCAAAGAAAAUGCUGAUCCUAAUCUUCAAGACCAAGAAUGUUGGACAGCAUCAACAGUUGCUAGUCAGAAUGAUCAUCUUGAAAUAGCUCAUUUAUUAGAAAAGUACAUUGAUCCCAGUAGUAGUUCUUGUAAAGAAUUAGACCAUUCAAUAAACCAACCAAUAGAAAUUACCAGCUCUGAUAUUUUAAUACCUGAUCAACAGACAGAAGAACCUAAUAAACAACUACAAAAUAUAAGACAACAGAGUCUGUAG